GCCGUGCGCACUGCGUCAUCAUCCUGCGCCCGCGCGCCCGCGUUGCUGUGGCAACCGGAUGGACGCUACGCGCUGGGGAAGGCGGGAGGGGCGUGGGGCGCCCCCUGGCGGGGCGGAGGGAACGGCGGGGGCAUCACAGAGCGCGGCAGCGCCUUUUAUGGAAAGGAAGGGGCGUGGUUAACACAGACUCCGCCCAUCCGCCGUGACCCCCGCCCCCCCGUUGGGAGUCCCGCAUCCCCCGGGAUCCUCCAUCCCCGGUGAUCCCCAAUUCCCCAGGGAUCCCACAUCUCCUCAGGGAUCCCCUAUCACCAGGGAUCCCACGGCCCUCAGGAUCCCCGGGGAUCCCACAUCUCCCCCGGGGUCCCACAGACCCUUGAGGAUCCCAAAUUCCCCAGGGAUUCCACUUCCUCCGGGAUCCUCCGUCCCCGAGAAUCUCGCAUCUCUGGAGAUCCCUCAUUCCCAGGGAUCUCUCAUCCCCUCCAUGGAUCCCCUGUCCCCAAGGGUCCCUCAUCCCGCCGGGAACCCCCAGCCACCUGGGAUUCCCUUUCUCUGAGUAUCCCGCAUUUCCUGGGAUCCUCCAUCCCUCGGGAACCCCUCACUGGUCGGGAUCUUCCAUUUCCAGUAUCGCCCAUCUCCAACGACCCCUCGACACCCCGGAAUCCCCCUUCUCUGAGGACCUCCAGAGAUCCCCCCGCCCCCGGUGAUCCCACAUCCCCCGAGAAUCCCCCACCUCCGUGGUCCCCACAUCGCACGGGGGGCCUCCAGUACACCCUGGGUACCCGCUAUGUCCCCGGGAGCCCCCACCACGUCUCUGCCCGUGAACCGCCGGGGUGGGACCGAGGUGGGACCGAGGUGGGACCGGGCUGGCCUCGAUGUCCCCGCUCUGCUCCCCCCGAGCAGCAGCACCAUCGGCCCAGCUCCACCUUAACCGGGGCGGCCGCACCGCGCUGCCCGCGCCCGGGCGGCUCCGGGGGAGCGCAGGGGCGUUUAUCUCGCCCGGGAUCAGCCAAUAUUUGUGGCCACGUCAGGAGAACGAGCCCAUCCUCGCCCCGUGCUCCCGCUCAGUCCAGCUCUGCCACCCUGCUCCCUGCCGCUGGCUCAUCCCACUCGGCUUCUCGGACACUGCUGGAGCUCCCACGCUGUCACCUCUCGCCCUGGACAUGACGGUCACCGUGACCCUCCUGCUCCUGAGCCUCCUACGGACGGCGGCAGCCGAGGGCGGGUGGUGUCCUGCCUGCGGAGUGUCCGCGGUGGCUCCCGGAGCGCAGCGGGACGCGCUCCUGGCUCUGGCCAAGCGGAGCAUCCUGGCCAAGCUCCGCUUGCCAGCCCGGCCCAGCGUCCCGCAGCCGCCGGCCCGGGGGGCUCUGCUGACCGCGCUCCGCAGGAUGCGAUCGCAGCGCUCGGACACGGCCGCCGCCUUCCCAGGGAUGCUCCGAAACAGCCCGGCCCGGCCGGGAAUGGGGCUGCAGGAAUACGAGAUCCUGAGCUUUGCUGAGGCAGGAUCCUCCACUUCCCACAGCGUCCGCCUGCAUUUCCGCUUCUCCCAGGAGGUGGCCGGGAGCACCGAGAUCCUGCAGGCCACCCUCUACCUGUUCUGGGCAGCCCCCGGCCGCGGGGCACAGCCUGUCACCGUCAGGAUCCUGCGGCCAGACCCGGCGGGGCCAAACGUGACGGUGGCCAGCGAGACCCGGCUGGAGGUGCAGAGAUCCGGCUGGACCACGCUGGACGUUGGAGCAGCCGUCCGGAGCCUCUUCGGACAAGAGACCCCUCGGCUCACGGUGGAACUGGAGGUGCCAGAGGACUGGGGGUCCCCUCUCCCAUCGGACCACAGCGAUUCCCACUGGCCGUUUGUGGUGGCCCAAGCCCAGGCCAGGACACCCCACCGCGUCCAUCGUCGCGGCGUCGACUGCGGCGCGGACUCGCGGAUGUGCUGCCGCCAGGAGUUCUUUGUGGACUUCAAGGAGAUCGGCUGGGAGGACUGGAUCAUCCAGCCAGAGGGGUACCACAUGAAUUACUGCACGGGGCUGUGCCCGCUGCACAUGGCCGGCGUUCCCGGCCUCGCAGCCUCCUUCCACACCGCCGUCCUCAACCGCAUCAAGGCGGCGAGCGCGGCGGCGGCCGUGGACUCCUGCUGCGUUCCCACCCAGCGCCGGCCCCUCUCCCUGCUCUACUACGACCGGGACAGCAACAUCGUCAAGACCGACAUUCCCGACAUGAUCGUGGAUUCCUGCGGCUGCACCUGAGCGCUGCCGGGCGGGCGGGAGGACAGGACACGGCGGGAUGGGGCUCCCUCCUCCUGGCUCCCGGCUGGGAGGCAGGAGCUCUGCCCGAGGGGGUUUCUCCUCCUGUGGGUGAAGCAUCAAGGGUGAUGCUGAAUGUGCAAGUCCCCUCCUCUCUCACCUCCCACACGGCUUUUUCCCCCUUCGGAUCUGCCCGUGGAUUCCUCUCUGGCUCCUGAUGGACUCCAGAGCCUUUUCCUGCUGGAUGCUGCAGAGCCUGGAUCAGGACGGUCCCGCUGCCAUCCCAGCCCAAGGUCCUGGUGUGCCCUGGGUGCAGCUCCAUCAGCACCAGUGGCCCCCCUGGGCUGCUGGGGCUGGCCAGGACAGAAGAGAGGGGUCAUCCCCAUGGCCCCACUCAGCUGGACACGUGGCUGAGCAGGGAGAGGAAAGAGAAACCCAUCCCAGUGGGAGGAAGGUGUCUCCAAGCAUCCCAGCUAGCUGGUGUUCAAUAAAGACUCCCAGCCGUGGUGUGUGCA